AUGUCACGAUAUCUCACGCCGGCCAAGAUCGGCCUUCUUGUCCUCAUUCAGCUUUACGUUAAGGAACAGAUACCCAGCGAUGCUGUCGUGCCUAUCCUGUCGUUCAUUGCGUCUCAUAUGAUAGGCUACGAUCCCAACGGUCCUUCUACAAGCCAAGCGACGAGAUGGACAAAAGCUGAACGCGCCGUCAGUCUGGUCGUCUCGGUUAAAGACUUUGAAAAGCUUCUCAGCAGUUAUCCAUUUUUGACGGGCUUGCCCGGGAAGAAACUAUGGGACCAUUUCCUCAAUAAUCUGUGGGGGAUUGAUUCGCUUCAUGCACUUGAACAUUUCUUCGAAAAUCUAGCGUCCAUGUUUCCCAAGUCAAAAGAGGAGCUUCGAAAAGAAGGCCUAGAUCCUGACGAACCCGAGGCAGACGUCAAGCUCUCUCACAACUCUCCUCUCGGUGCUUUAGUCCGCAGAGCCCGCCUCGAAUACCAACGCCUUCCGUUCCAUGAAUGUACCGAGCUAUGGAAGGACUUUGUCCGCUAUCGACAGCCAACAUCUCACUACCAGAAGCGGAAGAAUCCGGAAUUUGGCAGAUACAGCUUCGACAAUGUGCUGCUGCGUGGCGAGCUGGAGGAUUGGGAUGUCGACAAGGUUGCGAGGUUGGCAUCAGUAGUGUACGGGGACAUGUUGGCGGGUGAUCGCACCGGAACACUCCCCGUCAGCUUAGAAGACGUUGAAAAUCUACUAGACUUUCAAAUUGAGCAGAUGCAGAAGUACGGCAACAGAAUACCUCUGGAGAUUCGACACCAAUUUCACGACCUCCUCAACGAUAUCUUCCUAAUCCCAAGUGUUACACACUACAUCACCUUCCUCGAUGCUUGGAGAGCUGGAGACUAUCCAACUGCAUUCGAAUUUCUACACCGUUAUUUCGACUACACAAUGCAGCAUCGCGACCGUCUCUUUUACCAGUACGCUCUGAUGAAUUUGGCUGUUUUGCAAGCCGACUUUGGCUGUUAUAAGGAAGCCAUGACGGCGAUGCUUGAGACAGUAACCACGGCGAGAGAAAACCGAGAUAUGACUUGCCUCAACUUCUCCCUGAAUUGGUUAUUCCAUUUUGGACAGGCACAUCCAGAUCUCAUCCGUGGUCUACAGUCAGACAACCUGCUCGGCACGGGAAAAGAAACACUCACCUUCCUCCGGGUCAAGGCCAGGGAAGCUGGGAUGUGGACCCUCUGGAGUUCUGUGCUGUUGAGCGAGGCAAAACUCUGCCUCAUCAAUGGCGACAGCAUCGCAACCUCUCUUGAACACAUGGUAAGAAGCUCCCAAAUUAUCGUGGAAAAGAAUAUGAAGGGCAUGUUUGGGGCGCACCUUGGCUUGUACUCGUCUCUCUGGAGCAGGCUUGGCUUGGGUCAUCUGGCCGCUGUCUCGUGUGAGACCUUUUUACGUUGUCACACCUACCAUUCCAUGUUCGAUGACGAACUCAAGAUACUUAGCCGGUUUUCGCUCGCACUUAUGGACCAGGGGAAAUAUCGCGAGGCCAUGGAAGUUCUCGACAACGUCGACGAAAACUCGUUGCGCUCAUGGAAGCCUAACCAGUACUGGUAUAAAUACAGGGGGAUUAUACGACUCAAAAGGGACUUGCAUCACGAAAACUUGGAUGGAGCGGAGCAGCUCUUGGACCAGUUUCUCCAAUCCAAGGGCGAUGACUUCGAACCUGACUUGGCCUUCGUGAUUGACACUGCACAUAUAGACUACUUGAUACGCCGUGGAGACCUGUCAUCAGCCUCUGAAAAAGUAGGCAGGAUGAUAUCGGAGCUUCAGGAUGAGAAUAGGGACAUAUGCCUGCGCGUCAAGGCGCUCCUUAUCAAGGUUUCGCUUUUGGAUCGAUGUGGACGGCCUCAGCGUGCAUUCUCAAUUGCUCUCCGAGCGGCAAACUUGUGUUUGCGGGCGCGACUGAUGUCUCUGCUCUGGGUGUCAAUCGGCGCAAUAUCCAAUAUACUGGUAUCCAUGGGCGAGUUCGAAGCCGCCGCACAGCUUCUCACCGCUGUGUUGCCGCGCAGUCUGGAAUGCGAGUCUCCAGCCCUCACAGCCAAACUGUAUGCAUACCUCGCGGAUGCCAAUAUGGGAUUAGCAGGCCAGUCCGAAGGCGAAACCAGGGCUGGUGAAGAUGGAGAGGUCCUAAAACGGGACCGGGAAAGAAGAGGAAGUGAGACAAUGAAAGCAGCUAUCCAACGACGCGAUGAGUAUCUGAAUAGAGCGGCGAUGGCGGUCCAAAAGGCAUUUGACGAGUACUCCAGCAUCGAAGACAUCGCCAACCAAUGCGAGAUGAUGGCGAAGAAGGCGGUAAUCAUGAAAGUAUUAGGGGAUAUGGCCUUGGCUGCAGAUUACGCCGCAGCAUACGUUGGCCUCAAGAAGAAGGCCGAGUCACUGAGUUUACAGAGGGGGGAAACUGGAUAA